AUGAACCUUUUGGUCCUUCUGCAGUGUGUGCUGGUGAAGUUUGCUGUUGUGAGCUGUCAAGGUUUCAUUGAAGGCCGCAUAGUGGGAGGAAACGUCCCUGCACCCCACUUCAUCAAAUACAUUGUGUCUCUACAGAGUAUUAAAGGGCAGCACUUCUGUGGGGGAUCUCUGAUCAAUAAGUACUGGGUGCUCACAGCGGCACACUGCAACAUUGGGCUCAACCAGAUGAUCAUUGUAGCAGGAGAUUACUCCUUGGGGGUCUAUGAAGGCACUGAGCAGUUCUUCACCCCUGAGCUCCUGAUUACCCAUCCGCAGUACAAUAAGAGCAACAACAACGCCGACAUCAUGCUCAUACGGCUGAACGUGCCGGUGUACAUGAACAGCUUUGUGGCUGCUGCCCCCUUGCCACGCUCCGGGGCCUUGGUGUCUGAGGGGCGCAUGUGCCGGACAUCGGGGUGGGGCUUCACCAACCCUGGUGGGGGGCAGGUUCCCUCUGUUCUGCGCACGGUCCGCCUGCCUAUUGUUUCCAGUGCCAGAUGCAACAGCAGCACAUCCUUUGACGGAAACAUCACAGUCAACAUGAUCUGUGCUGGAUACUCUGCGGGGGGCAAGGACGCCUGCAAGGGGGACUCCGGGGGCCCGCUGGUGUGUGAUGGGCGUGUGUAUGGCAUCGUGUCCUGGGGAAACGGCUGUGGCAACUCCAGGUAUCCCGGUGUCUAUACUGCGGUCUCCAGGUUCCGCAGCUGGAUUGACAAGACCAUGAUCAGCUUCUAUGGCACGUAUUGGAUGACCAUUGUUGUGCUCAUGUCUCCUGUCUGCCCUAUCUCCUGCGCCGUCUGA